AUGAGAUUAUUUCCAAAUAUCCAAAUAUUGCAGACCACACUUAUGGAAAAGUAGUAUGAAGAGCACAUUAAAGUUGUUACUAUCGAGGUAAAAAAACCAAGCAAAGCUCCUAGAGAGGCAAAAAUAGUAAUAUAAAUAGGGAUAGUACAAUUAUUUGUCCUCAAUGUAGUAAGAAAGCUUCUACUCCCACAAAAUAACAUUCCUAAGUUGAUUUCCAUAACAGGAAUCAAGAAGAUAUAAUUAAACAGAGUAAACAAAAAGGUAAGCGAAGCAACUUCAUUAGCUCGCGAAAUUGAACUAAUUUUUUCAUCUUAAAAGUGCUUAGAUUCGUAAUUAGUAAGAGUGUACCCUAAUAAUUGCAAAAACAGUACUAAAAUGAAGAGUUUAUAUAGAUGA